AUGGCAAAUGAAAUCACAGACGAUAAAAAGAAAAAAGCAAUCUUUUUAGCGUCAUGUGGGCCGGAAACCUACACAAUAUUAAAAUCGGUUGCCACACCGAUUAAUAUUGUAGAGGAAACAUUCACAUUUGAGGCGGCAACUAAGUUAUUGACCAACUAUUUUUGUCCGGCAGCGAAUGCAAUAAUUGAAAGGUUUAAAUUUUAUCGGAGAAACCAAGUAGAGGACGAAUCAAUUAUUGAAUAUUUGGCAGCGCUAAGGAAAUUGAGCCAAGACUGCAAUUUCAAGGAUUUGGAAGAAAUGUUACGAGACAGACUAGUCUGUGGCAUGCGCGAUGAAAAUUUACAAAAGCGGCUCCUGGCGAAUGACCAGUUAACACUAAAAAUAGCGCAGGAGGAAGCUAUAGCAUCAGAAACAGCACAAAAGAAUGCGACGGAACUUAAAACGUCAGCCAGCCUACCAGGGUUGAAUAAAAUUUCAAGCAACAAGGUAAAACCAAAUCGUGCUCCAGUGGACCAUAUUCAGAAUUGUUAUCGUUGUCGAGGAAAUCAUCAUUCAGAUCAGUGCAAAUUUAAAGACGCGGAAUGUUAUUAUUGGAAAAAGCGUGGACAUAUUGAGAGAGCUUGUAUAAAAAAAGAAAAAACCAAAAAGCCAGCAACAAAUAAUGGAAGAAGACCAAACAGAGUAAAUCUUUUAGAUACAAACCAGGAAACUCAAAAGACAGAGUAUUUAUGGUCAAUGUUCGUUAAAGGUAGUCCAUCGGUCAAGAGAGUGAUUACGAUAAGUAAGUCACCGGUACAAAUGGAAAUAGAUUCGGGGGCAAGUUACUCAAUAAUAAGUGAAAAGUUAUUUAGAGAAAAAAUGCCGUAUAUUCCGCUAAAACCAAGUCAAAUACAAUUAAGAACUUGGGGAACAGAGAAAAAUCUUAAACUGAGUGGAGAAGCAGAAGUACCAGUCUCGGUUGGGAACGUCACAAAGAAACAAAAGUUGUUAGUAGCAGCGGGUGAAGGUCCGGCUCUAAUCGGUCGAAAUUGGUUUAACGAUUUGGGAAUUACUAUAACCAGCAAUUUAUGCAAUAUAGAAUCAACUAUUCCAGUAGAAGUGAUGAACUUCAGUUCAGUUUUUGAUGGAAAUCUUGGAGAUUACAAGGGAAAUCCUGUGAAGUUACAAAUGUCAGUUUCAAGUAAACCGAAAUUUCUUCGAUAUCGACAAGUGCCGUUUGCACUAAAACUCAAGGUGGAAGCAGCAUUAAAGAAGUUGGAAGAUGAAGGCGCACUACGUUCAAUAUCCUUUAGUGAGUGGGCAACACCGGUUGUACCUAUAAUUAAACCAGAUGGUAGCAUACGCAUUUGUGGAGAUUAUAAGUGCACAGUGAAUCAAAUGCUUUGCAAGGAAACGUAUCCAUUACCUACUAAUACAGAAGUGCUAGCAACAUUAGCAAAUUGUAAGUGGUUUACAAAGCUGGAUUUAGAUCGAGCGUAUACACAGGUGAAGGUUGACCAAGAAUCAGCAAGGAUACUUACAUUAAACACACAUCGCGGACUUUUUGAAGUUACAAGAUUACCGUUUGGAAUUUCAACGGCACCAGGUAUAUUUCAACGGCUGAUGGAAGGAGUUCUUAAGAACAUAGAUGGUGUGAUUAUUUAUUUAGACGACAUUCUAAUUGGCGGAACAACUUUGGAAGAGUUGUGGGAUAGAACACGAACUGCUCUGAAAUGUGUACAGGAUGCAGGAUUGAAGCUUAAAAAAUCAAAAUGUGUUUUCGCAGUACAAGAGAUAACAUUUUUGCGGUUUAAGAUAAGCCGAGAAGGAGUGCGUCCAACUGACGAAAAGGUGAAGGCAAUAGCUCAAACACCAGAACCAAUAAAUAAACAACAGCUACAAGCUUUUCUUGGGUUAAUUACAUUUUAUGAUAGAUUUUUACAGAAUAAGGGCGAUCUAUUGGAACCGCUGUAUCAACUAUUAAGAAAAGAGAUACCUUUUAAAUGGGGUAGAGAACAGAAAUUAAGUUUUGAACGAGCAGAGAAACUACUACAAUCAAAAAAUCUGUUGGUGCAUUAUUCGGCUGACUUACCACUGAUAUUAUGCGGAGACGCAUCACCGUAUGGAGUUGGCGUGGUUUUGGCACACAAGAUGCCGGAUGAUAGUGAAGCACCGAUUGCUUUUGGCUCCAGAACAUUACAGGGCGCGGAACGAAAUUAUUCACAGUUGGAUAAAGAAGCGCUAGCGAUUAUGUUUGGUGUGCAAAAGUUUCAUCAAUUUUUAAGUGGUAGACAAUUUACAAUAAUGACUGAUCAUAAACCACUAGUGGGGUUAUUCAACCCAGAAAAACCAAUAUCACAGCAUAUAUCACCCAGAAUGUUAAGGUGGUCGUUAAAGUUAGGCGCUUACCAGUACGAGAUUAAAUUCCGAGAAGGGAAACAUCACCAGAAUGCAGAUGCAUUGAGCCGGUUACCUUUAAAUGAUGUAAAGCUACAAAUACCGGAAAUACCUGAAAUAUUAUAUUGCAAUGAGGCUGAGGAACAGUUUUUAAUCACUGCGAAAGACAUUGCACAAGCAACCAGAAGAGAUCCAGUACUAUCAAAAGUAAUGUGGCAUAUCCAAAGGAAAGAUACAGUUUUGCCAUAUAAAUCAAUCCAGUUUAAACCGUUUGUGAAUAAAAUCCAGGAACUAUCAGUGAAUGCACAAUGUUUGUUAUGGGGAGCCAGGGUAAUAAUACCAGCAACACUACGUCCCAGAAUACUUGAGAUGUUGCACGAAGUUCAUCAAGGCAUGUCAGCAAUAAAAGCAGUGGCGCGAAGCUAUUUUUGGUGGCCUGGUUUAGAUGAAGAUAUAGAAAUGUUAGCCAGACGUUGUGAAAAGUGUGCAUGUAACAAACAUAGAUGGUGUGAUUAUUUAUUUAGACGACAUUCUAAUUGGCGGAACAACUUUGGAAGAGUUGUGGGAUAG